AUGAAGACUGUCCUGGUUGCGUUUGCGGUCCUGCUGGCCCUCGGGCACUGCGAGGAGGGGGCCCGGCUCCUGGCCUCCAAGUCUCUGCUGAACCGAUAUGCGGUGGAGGGGAAGGACCUGACUCUGCAGUACAACAUCUACAACGUGGGCUCCAGCGCGGCUCUGGACGUGGAGCUCUCAGACGAUUCCUUCCCCCCGGAGGAUUUCGGGAUUGUGGCCGGCAUGCUGAACGUGAAAUGGGACAGAAUCGCCCCCGCCAGCAACGUCUCUCACACCGUGGUCCUGCGUCCUCUGAAAGCCGGCUACUUCAACUUCACUUCUGCCACCAUCACCUACCUGGCUCAGGAGGGCGCUCAGGUUGUGGUGGGGUACACCAGCGCCCCGGGACAAGGAGGAAUUCUGGCUCAGCGUGAAUUCGACCGCCGAUUCUCCCGCACUUUCUGGACUGGGCAGCUUUUGGGGUGAUGACUCUGCCCUCCAUCGGGAUCCCUCUCCUACUCUGGUUCUCCAGCAAGAGGAAGUACGACACCCCUAAACCCAAGAAGAACUGA